AGAGGAGGGCGGGCGUCACUGCUGUAGUUGGGAAAAGGUUGCGCUAUAAACCCGCCGGCAGUCGGUGCCUCGACACCUGACCGACUUUUCACGUCUCUGACUCGGGGGAGGCGAGGAAAGGUGGAGGGGGAGAGGAAAGACCUUGGAAAGAAGACUCCCGGACACCAGGACUAGUCUCCCUGUCCCGGCUACUGAUUCACCGUCCCAGCGCUGCCCUGGGUUACACCGAGCAAGGGGGCUCUGACCUUACAAGCGUGCUGCAAAAUACUUUAGGAGCAAUGUCUUUACCCCAGUCGCUGCCGGAAUACAUCGCACACAUCUUUCUGCAUCUUGCACUCUGUGUAACUCUUCAUCAGCCGAUAGCCUCAACGCUGUAUUCAUGCACUGAGUUUGAUGAAUACUGGAUUGUCAAAAGUAAAUGUAACUACACCCAGAUGGAAGACUUCAACAGCACUGACUUCAACAGCACUGACUUCAACAGCACUGACUUCAACAGCACUCCUGGCUGCCCUACCUGGUGGGAUAACAUGAUCUGCUGGCCUGCCAGCUCUGUCGGAGAGGUGGUGAACAGGACCUGCCCCAGCUACCUCCACUUAAAUCACAAUGGUGUUCUGUACCGAACUUGCACAGAGAAUGGAUGGAGUAAGUUAACACCUGGAUUUGAGGAGGCUUGUAAUUUUACGGAUACUAAACAGAAUGCUGCCGAUUUGAACCUGAAACCAGUGUAUACAGCCGGAUAUGCAACAUCCCUGAUUGCUCUGGUUACUGCAAUCAUAAUCUUUACAGUCUUCAGGAAGCUGCAUUGUACCCGGAACUACAUCCACAUGAACCUCUUUCUAUCCUUCAUCCUGCGCUCCAUGUCAGUCAUCAUCAAGGACAUUGUUAUUUUGUCCAGCGAUACCGACUACUGCACCAUGUCCAAGCAGGUGUGUAGAAGUGUCAUUGUCGUCUUUCACUACUGCAUCCUGGCUAACUUCUGGUGGCUCCUGGUGGAAGGACUCUACCUGCAAACCCUGCUCAGCCUUGCCUUCGUCGUGCAUGCCAAGUACUUCUGGUGCUACUGCCUCAUUGGCUGGGGUACACCGACCGUUGUAUUAAUAAUAUGGAUUAUUGCAAAACUGCUCAUGGACGAUGUAGGAUGUUGGGAUAAUGAUCACAACGUGUAUAUCUGGUGGAUUAUAAAAGGUGCCGGGUUGCUUUCAGUUUUAGUUAACUUCCUGAUAUUUCUGAAUAUCAUCCGUAUUCUGAUACAGAAGCUGGGAUCACGAGAUGUCGGAGGGAAAUCACACAGCCAAUUCUCGAGAUUGACAAAAUCAACUCUGCUUCUCAUCCCACUCUUGGGUGUCCAUUACAUUGUGUGUGCCUUUCUCCCCGAUAAUGUGGCAAAGGGGAUAAGAUUCUUUAUCGAGCUCGGUUUGGGAUCGUUUCAGGGGUUUGUCGUGGCUCUGCUGUACUGCUUCCUAAACACGGAGGUCAUGUCGGAGUUGAAGAGGCAGGCGCGACUCUUCUGUCCCGAGGCUUUGCAGGAAUUCACGGCGAGACGCAAGCGCAGCACGUUAGCGGAGAGCACCAGCACCCAGGUGACGCUACUGGAGAAGCUGGGCCAGAGGAGCAAUUUCAUCGAGCACGACGGCCAAAGCCAGUCCCCAUGAGGAGGGCCAGACGGUGGGAGGGGGGCGGGGGAUCUCCUGCCUCGGGUUUGCCGGCGUUACCUACGUCGAGGAGGUGAGAUCGGCGGGUCCAUGGGGCGCUACACCUUUGUGCGGGCCACUUGGGUCUCCAUUUCACCCAACGCAUGGUGGAUGUGGUCGGAACUCUCGCCGGGGGGUGGCGUGGAGAUGUUUGGGAAAGAGCCAUUUCAGGGAAUGUUCAAAGCGCGUUGCUUAUCCCAUAUUUUCCUUACAAAAAGCUUUGUUUGGGCUCCGUAUCGUGUCCCUAGAGUCAUACAGCAUGGAAAGAGGCCCUUCGGCCCCACUUGCCCACACCGACCAACAUGUUCCAUCUACACUGGUCCCACCUGCCUGCAUUUGGCCUAGACCCCUCUUAAACCUGUACUAUCGAUGUACCUGUCCAAAUUGUGAUUUUACAUGCCUCAACUACCUCCUCCAGCAGCUUGCUCCAUACACCCACCACCCUUUGUGUAAAAAAGUUACCCCUCAGGUACCUAUUAAAUCAUCUCACCAUCACCAUAAACCUAUGUCCUCUGGUUCUUGAUUUUUCUACUCUGGGUAAAAGACUGUGCAUUCACCCUUUCUAUUUCUCUCAUGUUUCUGUACACCACUAUAACAUCACCUCAUCCUCCUGCGCUCCAAGGAAUAAAGUCAUAGCCACUCAACCUCCCCCUAUAGCGCAGGCCCUCGAGUUGUGGCAAGAUCCUCGUAAAUCUUCUCUGCACCCUUUCCCGCUUAGCAUUAUCUUUCCUUUAACAGGGUAACCAAAACUGAACGCAGUACUCUAAAUGUGGCCUCUCCAAUGUCGCGUAUAACGAACAUGACCUCUUGACUUCUAUACUCUGUACUCUGACUGAUGAAGGCCAAUGUACCGAAAGCCUUGAUGACCACCCUAUCUACCAUGACACCACCUUCAAGGAACUAUGUACCUGCACUCCUCGAUCUCACUACUUAACAACACUCCCCAGAGUCCUGCCAUUUACUGUGUAGGUUCUGCCCUGGUUAGACUUCUCAAAAUGCAACACCUCACAUUUCUCUGUAUUAAACUUUCAUCAACCAUUCCUCAGCCCACCUGCCCAACCGAUCAAGAUCCUGCUACAAUUUUUAACAACUACUUUCAUUUUCAAUUUUUGACAGCCUUCUUCAUUACAAUACCACCCACUUGUCAAUCAUUCUAGGCAGUUCUAGGCAGUUAUCAGAAAGAUCACUUAAAACCGCCCCAUUGAGUCAAAAACGCCUUUGAUAAAUGCAGAUAUGAAAUUGUUGAGUGCUGUUUAAUUACUCUAUCGCUGUGUGUGUAUAUUGAUUUACCCUGUGAUGUAAAUACUGUAAGUUGAUUCUUAAUGAUGUAAUUUCUAAGAACUAAUCUAUAAACUGUCAAAUAAAUAUGCCUGUGGCAAUGGACCUUUUGUUUGUUUUUUC